AUGGGGCGCUAUGUCUCUGGUCUCACUAUUCUUUUUCCUGAAGGAACGAACAAGGAAGACUCCGGCUGCCACAAGAAAGAGCAAGAAAAAGCAGAGGAGAAGAAUAACAAAAACAAAGAAAAUGGUAGUUUGCUUCCUAUGGUGAUUAGAGAGAAGGACACCAGUAGCAGUUUUCAGAUGCCACUCCAUUACCCAAAAUACACCAAGGAGGAUUACGAAGACUUGCCUGAAUCGGAGCUUGACCUUCUCCUGGCUUCCUAUGGGUUCUCUACUCAUGGUGACUUGGACUACAAGAGAGAGUUUGCAAUUGGAGCCUUUCUAUGGCCUGACUUUCAGGGAGAACAAGUUGAGUCUUCACCUAGCCACAUCCUUCAACAUUCUUCUACUCCAAAGCAAUUUAGCAGGAGUGGACAGAAGAAAAGAGGUGCAAGAGUCAAAGCCAUAUGCCCUGAUAGUAGAGGUGAUGCCAGAGAACUCCACGAGGUUUCACUGCACUCAACGCCAAGAGAGGACAGGAGAGGCUUGGAAUUAAUGGAAUUGACAUGGAUCAUGCUUGUCCUCCAUUCAAACAUGUCCUCUGGUGUAACUGGGAUUACUCUUUUAAGGCAAGAACCAAAACGUACUGUGGAAGAACCUAAUAUAGCAGAACCCUGGGAUCUCAAAAUGUGA